UAAAUACUUCUUUAUUUUUUUAAUUUUCUAAAGUGAUCAAAUUGUUUUGCGUUGAAUAGUUUUACAUCAUAAGGAUAUACGGUUUUCUUUAUUAAUAAUAGUUUUGUUUAAAUUUAUUGCUGUUACUUUUGGUGGGAAAACAAACAUGAGUGGAAAAGACAUUGAAAUAAAGUGUUUAAGCAGUUUGAAUGAGUAUUUAUCAGCAUGUGAUAAUUCAGUAAAUGCAGUAUACUUAUCCCAAAUACCUCAAGUAUGUAAAGAUCACCCAUGUGUACUUGGUAUUGAUGAAGCAGGAAGAGGCCCUGUAUUAGGACCCAUGGUUUAUGGCACAGCUUUUUGUCCAAUAAAUAACUUACAGUUAUUAGAGACUCUGCAGUGUGAUGAUUCAAAAGCAUUAACAGAAGAGAAGCGAGAUGAUAUUUUUGGGAAGAUUGGUGAUAACAGGAACAACAUGGGAUGGGGCAUUGAGGUGAUUUCCCCAAAUUUCAUUUGUAACAAUAUGUUGAGUAGAAGCAAAUAUUCCUUGAAUCAAGUCUCAAUGGACUCUGCAAUUGGACUAAUUAGGGCUGCUAAAGAAGGUGGUGUUAACAUUGCCCAUAUCUAUGUUGAUACAGUUGGAAAACCAGAAAAAUACCAAAGCUAUUUAUUAUCACUCUUUCCUGAAUAUAAAAUUACUGUAGCUAAAAAAGCUGAUUCCACCUAUCCUAUUGUCUCAGCAGCUAGUAUUUGUGCCAAAGUAUCUCGAGAUCAUGCACUGCAAGUGUGGAAGUUCCCUGAAGAAAUUGGUAAUGUCCUUCAUAAGGAUUUUGGAAGUGGUUAUCCUGGAGAUCCAGUUACUAAAAAGUUCUUAGUGGACCACUGUGAUACAGUAUUUGGAUACCCACAAUUAGUGAGGUUCAGCUGGUCAACUGCUGGUAACGCUUUGGAGAAUACAGCCUAUCACGUAGAAUGGGAAGACAUAGAGGACGAGGACCAGAAGAAACCAGAAAACAAUACAUCAAUAACAUCAUUCUUCAAAUUCACUAAGCAGAGUUCGACGGAGAAAAAACAGCAUGAAUUUUUCAAUAGGAGAUGCUUGAAAAGCACAACGGAAUUGUGAUCUGAAGUUACUAUUUUUAUACGAAUUUCUUUAUUUAUAAAUACACUUUUUUAAUUGUA